ACUACCGCCGACUGUGAGCGACUCGAUCAGCCGGCAGUCGAAUGGAGUGAAUUUACGGAUCGCACACAAUCUAUUCCCGUCUAUCGAGUUUUUCGCCGACCACGUUGGAAGAAGAAAAAAUAAAUGAAAAAUUAUUGUUUCUGACGCUGCUGAUUUUUAUAAUCGACAUUUGUGCUGAUCUUUUUUUACUACUCACAAAUCGGGUCUUAUAGUUUGGAAUUCAAAUAGCUUCCGAUUCGUUUAUUUCGACGCAAAAAAAAGUGGAAAAAAUUCUAAAAACGAAAACAAUAUUUUCUGAUUGUGAUAUUCGAUUGUUAUCCUUAUUGCAGACCCAGAAAAAAUAUUCAUAUUGAUGAAUCAAUAUUGCGUUCGUAAUUGCAUGGCUUAAUGAAACGAAUUGACUUCAGAAACCUAGUGUGGUAAAAAUAAAUAAAUUUUUAAAAAAAGAGAGACACAUUGUAUGGACUUCUAAUGGAUUUCCUGGAGAACCGGACGACCGGACAUCCAUACGUAUGACUGUCCAUCUGUCUUGAAAAUGUCAUGUCCCCAAUUUGGUUAUAACGGAUCAACUGCAACCACCCAGCUGCUGAUGGCUGGACAGUCCGGAACGCCGCUAUCUGCAGGCGCUGCUCCAACAGGAGGUGGGACAGGGGCCGGAUCCGGCGGUGGAGGUCAGCCCUGCUGUGAGUCCGGCCGGCCCGUCCUUACAGACCCACUGACGGGACAAACUGUCUGCUCCUGCCAGUACGACGCGCAGCUGCUCGGCUACCAGCGGCUUGCGGCCUCCGGACUACCCCUCAACGUCUACGGAACAGCGGCUGCUGCCGCAGCCGCAGCGGCCGCUUACGGCUCCGAACAAGGAUUUCUGCCUUUAUCUGCUGAGCAAUCCGCAUUCUAUUCUCCAACGGCUAAUGGCUUUGACCUAAAGGACAACCUAGAAGCCUGGAGAAGUUUACCAUAUGCAGCUUCAAUGUAUUACCCAUACGAUUCGGCCGCACUUGCUGGUUAUCCCUUUCCAAACGGGUAUGGUGUUGAUUUAAACGGUGCCCGACGGAAAAACGCAACCAGAGAAACGACGAGCACGCUUAAAGCGUGGCUCAACGAACACCGUAAGAACCCUUAUCCGACGAAAGGUGAGAAGAUCAUGCUGGCCAUCAUCACCAAAAUGACUCUGACACAAGUGUCAACGUGGUUUGCAAAUGCUCGUAGAAGACUCAAAAAAGAGAACAAAAUGACCUGGUCUCCUAGAAACAGGUGUGAAGACGACGAUCUAGACGAUCGAGACGAAGCCGAUCAGAGGAUAAAAGAGUCCGAUGGUAAAAGAUCCGAUAAAGAUUCCGAUGUAGAUCGGAGGAGGGACGAUCAUCACCAUCCUAGGCAAGGUUCCGACGAUGGUAAGAUGGAUUUCGUGGACGUGGAUGAUGACUGCAAGUCGUGUGCAUCUACGAGUACAGACGGCCACAUCAUCACAAACAGCUCCGACAAAGAGAACUGUUCCCUCCUGAAGACGCAUCGUGUACCAAGUCCUAUCUCUGAUGCCUCAUUGGGAUCAGAAGACUCUGAAUCCUCGCAGAAUUCUUCACUACCCCACCCAGCUUCGACAGAACUACCACCACAAAGUAGCCAGCAGCAAAAACCUCGAAUAUGGUCCAUUGUGGACACGGCUACGUCAACACAAGGGCCGAGUUCGUCUGCUCUACCGCCUGGUGCUUCUUCCAGACUGAGUCCUCUUCAGAGAGCAGCCUACCUCAGCCCCUACCCUAAGCCGGCCUCUUGGUACGCCGGGACUCUUGGCAACCUCAGUGUUGUGACCAGUGUCGGAGGAUCCUUUCCUCUGUCGGCCGUUUACUCGUGUCCCCCGAUCGGUGGUGCAGCCCCAUCCAUGGUCGAAUCUUCUGCAGUGUCCUCACUGAAUAGAUUACGGACAGCUGCAGCGGCCUUUCCGACUGCUGCCACACCCGGUGAACUUUCCCUUCACAAAGCAGCAGUUGCCGCUGCUGUCGUCACUGGAUCGUCGUCUCCUCCCUCAGUGUUCAACCUAACCUCCAAACUGAGCAACAACUCUCUGCAACCUGCAAGUGAGCAACCUCACACUCCUGGUGGAUCCAGGUCAUCGUCAAGUGGCUCAGCGGCGGCCAUUGCGGCGAUGUCGGGUAGCACUGUCAUAAGCGCUGGACCGACACAAGGUCGUGUUUUAUCAUAAUGCGCGACUGAUAUCACAAGAUACUGGGACGGUAACUAUUUCUUGCAAAUUUUAGACGCAAAACCGGUGGAUCAUUUUAAUUGGAGGAAUCCUUAAAAGAAAAAAACAAAUUCAAACUGAUGAGGCAUAGAUUGAAAUCCUUUUGAUUCUAUGUGGUUCCUAAUAACAAUGUGUAAUUCUAUGGCAGUUCAUUAUUUCCUUUACUUUAUCUGAAACCCUCACCAUAUGAUUUGCUAUGAAUGACGUGCAAUUUUUUUUUCUUCGAGCAGCAAAUCUUUUUUUUAUAAGAAACUACAUUGGCUUACCACGUUGUUUUCACUUGGGAGUCAAUUAAAGAUGUGCCAUUUUACCCCCCGAAUAGUGAGAAACAACUAAAAAAAGGAAUAUUUCUACACCGAAUCUGGAAACCAAUGAACUAUUUCUAAACACAAAAUCGAGUAAUCCAGUUCCAAAGAGAAACUUCGAAAUUCCUUCAAGUAUUGUAAUGCUAUUGUAAAUAAAUACAGUUUUUUUUAAUGAACUACGAAUUAUGUCAGCGCGGAAAAAAAAACAUUUUUCUCCUUACAAAUUCCGCCCUUGAAAGAUAUCAAGAGAUUUAUUUAUGGACAAUGAUGGGUGGUAAAUCAUAAUUAUUUCUGUAAACUAUCAACUUUUAUUUUAAAUGGAAAGUUAAAAAGUUCCUCAACGGUGUUAAGAGUGUGUGUGGAAAAAAAAACUGGUUCAAAUUAGAAUUCACCAGUGGAUUCCUCAAAAAUUCACUCGUCAAUUCAUGAGAAUUCACACCCUUCUAUACAGUAUAAAAAAGCCAAACAUCUUCCUAUGCAUAGAACUUGAUUCAUUUUCCGUGAGGCGGCGCUUUUGUAAAACCAAAGCAUGUACAUAGUUUAUAUAAAUAGAUAAAUAUAUGUGUACAAAAAAAAAUAUGUUGUUUCGACGCCGCUGGGUGGACAGACCCUUGUAAGAGACCAGCAGGACCUGGAGUUUAAUUUAUUUCUUGACCAAGAAUGUAAGAUCUAUAGUGAUAAGAGAAUGUUUGGGAUUCGCUGAAAGCUCCAUAAAAAAAAACUUUCUGUUGUCCCUCCCCCGAAUUUUGGAGUUGCCAUUUCUCUGUUGUCUAUAACAUACUCUGUUUAUGUAUCAAUAAAUGCAAAAUGUUUCCUUUA